CUUCAACAAAAAUAGAGUUACGAAUAGUAGGAUUUUGCAUAGAGCUUAAACGAAAACUAGUAGGGUUUUUCAUAUAUAGCUAGAUUGCCUUAGCUCGACUUUUCUUUCUCAACCCUCCGAAUAGAAUCCCAUACCCAAAACGGCGGCUAGGGUUAGGGUUAACGCGAGCCAGCCAUGCAGAAGGAAAUUCCGGCGGACCUGCAGAUCCACAUCUUGCAAAAGCUUCCACUAUCCGGCUGCAUCAUCCGACUCCGCCGCGUCUGCAGAUCAUGGCGCGCUCUCCUCUCGGAACCCUCUUUCCUCCGGCAGAAACUAUCCUGGCCCGACGAAGACGCAGACGAAACGUCGUCGGAUAAUUCUUCCUCGCUAACUAUGAUGAUCGAGAACCACGACACGGACGGCAUCGAACGCGCUAGGUCAGUUUACUCUCUCUACUCUUGCAACGCACUCAAACGGCUCCGCGAGGCGGCGGACAUACCCUUCAAUUUGCACAACUACGACAUCACCGGGUGCUGCGGUGGUCUGUUGUGCUUCUACGAGCGACGCAAACGGCCGGCGGGGGCCCGGGACGCGAUUCUCUGGAACCCGGCGACCAAAGAGACCAAGGUUCUGCCGCCGACCCUUUUCAACGUUCCAUGCAAGGAGACGUGGGUUCCUGCGGUUGGGCUCGGUUUCGACCGGGAGACGAACGACUACAAAGUUGUCAGACACAUCCACUACUACGUUGUUGAAGAUGAUCCUCAAGGGUUUCGGUUGUAUUACUUUGUGGAGGUUUACAGCUUGAGGAACGAUUCGUGGAAGGAAAUCGACACCGGCGGCUACCUAGAGUCCGACGACGACCCUUUCGAUCCUAUAUUUUCGUAUAGCGUAGAGCCUCAGUGUUAUAACGGGAAGUUGUAUUGGUGGAGGGACUCAUCGAGCACUGAGUUUGUUUCGUUCGACAUGACCAAGGAAGUGUUCGAAAAAGUGGACGUGAGAAACCCUAAGGUGCGUUGGGAUGUCUGUUCCUUGUUCGUGUUGCCGAGUCAGGAGGAUUCGUUGGUAGCGAUCUGUUCCGUUGGUAGGGACGAGAGUUUGGAGGUUUGGGCGCUGCUGAAGCUAUGGGUGCCGGAAUCGUGGACCAAGUUGUUGGUCGUCCCGGCUGUGACUCACUUGCAAGAUUUGUGUGGGAUGUCGGGAAAUUUCUUGUUUUGCUAUUAUCGUGACAUUGGGAUUGUUGAUCCGACGCGAAGAAUAUUUGUAGCCUAUCAUCUUGUGACCGGAGAAGCUAUCGAACUUGACAUGUCGCUACCAUAUCAAAUCAUGAAUUAUGUGCCUUCUCGAGUUUCUUUGACCAAGAAGAAAAACAGCUCCGAUUUCGAUUAGAGGUGAACUAGUGAAGGGUUUGAGAUAUGUACGUACAUUAGCUUGAUUCGAUUUCGAUGGAAGUAGAGAUUAUGUAUGCAUCGAUAUACUUCAUAUGUUUUUUUUUAAUAUAUGCUUGCUUCGAUUUAGUUUGAUGAUCGUUGAAAUACAAUGCAUAAUCAUAGCAACUCAUUUUUCAUGAACAUCGAUCGAGCUUGUCUUCAUCUUGGCUUUCAGAAAUUUCUCCUCGAUUAUGUCAUCAUAAGCUUUGGAAAUUCUCCUUGGAGAUAAGGGCAAUUAAUGUGUGAUUAAUAUUUUGGGGAAAUUCUCCUUCAUUCAAAACGAGAGAGGAAUUGUUCGUUAAAAAUUAUUGGGAAAAAGAUUAAAGGUUUUUUAUUAGC